UACCUUACGUUUCCCAUGAGGUGGCAGCACGCCCCUGUGUUUUUCAAGCCGCUGUGUUACUACCACAGAGAGGAACCAAGUGCGAGGCCUGGAAGUGUUGUUAGCAGGCUCGCUCCGGUGCACGCCCCGGGGCCCUCCCACAGGCAGGGGCAGCGGCUCAGCUGCAGCAGGAGGCGCGCGGAGGAGAGUGUAGAGGGCGCUGGAGGCUGGAGCCGGGGAGGUCUGUUAAGAUUUGUGAUCAUGGCGAUUGACUGGAUUGGUUUUGGUUAUGCGAUAGUGGUGGCUCUUGGCGGUGUUGUAGGAUAUACUCGCAAAGGAAGUAUAGUCUCUUUGGCUGCUGGUCUCUUCUUUGGUUUGAUGUCUGGUUAUGGAGCGUAUUGUGUAACACAUGACUCCAAAGAUGUGAAGAUAUCAUUUUGUAAGUAUUAAAAUGUGUACAGUUUAAAAUAGACUUUUACAUGAAUUAAAGACUGUUCAAAAUA